AUGGAGACAGGGGAUAGGAAGACAGGUAAGAAGGGACAGAGAAAGGGAGCGGGGAAGGAGAGGGGUGAGCGGAAAGGAGGAGGGGUGAAUGAGGAAGAUAUCCAGACAGCACAGACACAGCUCCAGAACAUGAGUUCCAUCAUCCCUGCCAAGGUUUUUGAAGACAUGAUAACUGUUCUCACACUUUUCAACAAGCCACUGAAGGGCCUCCCCUUCACACUCAAUGUACUGCUCCUCUGCGACAUUAACAAGAUGAAGAACUUUAAGCGACGUUUCUCACUGUCCGUCCCUCGCACCGAAACCAUAGAGGAGAACGAGUUCACCGAGCAAAUCAACCAGCUCAACAUCCAACACACUCAGGCACUGACUCCAGACAGCCUGACCCUGCCGUCGCUGAACCCUGAGGCCAGUCCCAGUCCAGUGAGCCCUGAGCCUGCCACGCCCGGAGCACAGUCCCCCUCCUAUCUCCAGUACCGCAGCAAAGCACCACACCGACACUUCUCUAUGGUGAUUGAUUCUCUGCAGGAUGUGAGUAAGCGUAUGUCUCUGCCCAUGGACAUCCGCCUGCCUCCAGAGAUCCUCAAAAAGCUGCAGAUGCAGAGAGAAAUGGAGAAUGAGAACUCUCCUCCCUGCAAACCCCUCAGCCGUAUGUCCCGACGGGCUUCACUGUCUGACAUUGGCUUUGGAAAGCUGGAGACGUACGUGAAACUGGGAAAACUGGGAGAGGGCACAUACGCCACGGUUUUUAAGGGGCGGAGCAAACUGACGGAAAACCUGGUGGCGCUGAAAGAGAUUAGGUUAGAGCACGAGGAGGGAGCGCCCUGUACAGCUAUCAGGGAAGUGUCUCUACUGAAGAACCUAAAACAUGCCAACAUUGUCACGCUGCAUGACAUCAUACACACAGAACGCUCCCUCACUCUAGUCUUUGAGUACCUGGACAGUGAUCUGAAACAGUACCUGGACAACUGUGGAAACCUCAUGUGCAUGAACAAUGUCAAGAUCUUUAUGUUCCAGUUGUUACGUGGUCUGUCCUACUGCCAUAAGAGGAAGAUCCUUCACAGAGACCUCAAACCUCAGAACCUGCUCAUCAACGACAAGGGAGAGCUCAAACUAGCAGACUUCGGUCUGGCCAGGGCCAAGUCUGUGCCAACUAAAACCUACUCCAACGAGGUGGUGACUCUAUGGUACCGCCCCCCUGAAGUACUGCUGGGUACCACAGAGUACUCUACACCCAUCGACAUGUGGGGCGUGGGAUGUAUUCUAUUUGAGAUGGCGACGGGUCGUCCCAUGUUCCCCGGCUCCACAGUGAAGGAGGAGCUGCACUUGGUCUUCAGACUCAUUGGUACACCAACCGAGGACAGCUGGCCAGGUAUCUCCAAUAAUGAUGAGUUCAGAUCCUACAUGUUCUCCCAGUACAGACCUCAACCACUCAUCAACCACGUGCCCAGGCUGGAUAGUGAGGGGAUUGACAUGCUUACUGCUCUACUCCUGUAUGACACUAGGACCAGAGUCUCGGCUGAAGCAUCUCUAAGACACCCCUACUUCCUCAGCUUGGGAGAGAACAUCCACAGCCUCGCAGACACCUCCUCAGUGUUUUCCCUCAGAGAGAUUCAACUGCAGAAAGACCCAGGCCACCGGAGCUCAGUGUUCCAGCCUCCAGGUCGGGGAAAGAACAGAAGACAGAGCAUAUUCUAA